GCAACGGUUGAGGAGGUUUCAAGAAUUGGUUCGAGAUUGUCAACAAGACGUGUCAAGGUCGCCGCGGACUGCAGGAACGGAUCGAAGAAUAAAGGAAGAUGGCGCCACCUGUCAUACGUGUCGUACAGUAAAUGUUCCCUGGAAAAGUGAUAUCGAGGGGAGGCGACAUGGAUUCGUCACCACAAAACCAUGACUUGUCCCCACCCGAUUUCUUUUUAUGGGGAUAUCUCAAGAGCCGAUUCUACAAUGCUAAUCCAAAGACCCUCAGCGAAUUGAAGCAAAUCAUUAGACACGAAAUGGCGGCAAGUUUCCGUUUGGAAGAGUAUUUUCGGAGAUCUGGAGGCCAUCUUUUAAAACAUAAAUUGCCAAUGUCUUUUUAUAUCAUAAAUAUUAGCAAACUCUUCUAGGUA